AACCUCUGAAUUGAAAGAUAACAAAAUAUUGUUUGGAAAUUUUUGGAUAUUGAAAAUUUCUGCCUUCUCUUUGGCUCAUACAUUUACAUUUUCGUGCAAUGAAUAAAACAGGAGUGAUUUUCCACCCGAUUAUCAGUUCCAUUCAGAAAAUGGCUCUGUAUGAAACAAAAUCUAAAUACUAUUUGGUUGGAUCUAACAACACUCAAACAAGAUUCCGCGUCUUGAAAAUAGAUAGAAUGGAGGCAAAGGAAUUAGAAAUCUAUGAUGACAAAGUUGAAUACACUCAGGAGGAAAUUCAUAAUUUGAUCUGUAUGAUAGACUCUGGCAAUAGAAGAGCCACAGGAGGUGGAUUUUCAAAGGUCAUAUCAGCUUUUGGUAUAGUUGGUUUUAUUAAAUUUUUGGAAGGCUAUUACAUAAUUCUGAUAACAAAACGUUGCAAAGUUGCUGUUAUAGGUCACCAUGCUAUUUACAAAAUAGAAGACACUACCAUGGUGUACAUUCCCCAUGAAAGUGUUAGACUAUUACAUCCUGAUGAAACAAGAUAUGCCAAGAUGUUCCAAAAUAUUGAUCUAAGAAGUAAUUUUUACUAUAGUUAUAGCUAUGAUUUGACCCAUACUCUUCAACACAAUUUGACCAAUCCGAAAAGGUUUGAGCCAAAUUUAAAUCCUGAAGUGAAAGAUGAUGAUAUUGAUAGCAUAAGCAAUGAUCUUUGCACUUCUGUGGUUUUAUCAAAUUCAGAUGCUAUGGAUACUCAACAUUUUGGUAUCAGGACACAGCCACAUAAAAAGUUUGUUUGGAACAUACAUCUACUAAGUGAUUCUGUGAGGGCUGAGCUACACCCAGAUUGGAUAAUCUACAUAACUCAUGGAUUCAUAGGUCAGUCGAAUAUUAAUAUUUUCGGUAGAUCAAUUUAUGUGACCUUGAUUGCUAGAAGAUCUAGUAGAUAUGCUGGCACAAGGUUUUUGAAAAGAGGAGCCAAUUUCCAAGGGGAUGUGGCAAAUGAGGUGGAAACAGAACAGAUGGUCCAUGAUUCUGGAGUAUCUUCAUUUAGCCAGAGCCAUUUCACUUCAUUUGUCCAAAUGAGAGGAUCUAUACCAGGUCAUUGGAAACAAGAAAUGAGCAAAAUGAUGGCAAAACCAGCAAUCACCAUUGACUUCUAUGAUCCUUUUGCCGAGACGGCAGGCUUACAUUUUAAUGAGCUGCUCAAAAGAUAUGGGGCUCCCAUCAUAAUACUGAACUUAGUCAAGCAGCGGGAACGAAAGAAACAAGAGGGACUUCUCAGCGACGAAUUAAGCUCUGCUGUCAAAUAUCUCAACCAGUUCUUGCCAGUGGAACACCAGAUAAUCUACAAAACAUUCGAUAUGGCCAGAAAAAACAAGGGCACCGCCAAUGUAAUGGACCAUCUGGCGGGUAUAGCGAGAAACUCUGUCAUGAGGGUCGGCAUUUUCCACAACAAGCCCCAGUAUUACAGCCAGAAAACCGCUACCGUGGUGGGGCAGUACAAAAACCACUUUGGUAGUCUCCAGACUGGGAUUGUGAGGACGAAUUGCGUGGAUUGUCUCGACAGGACCAAUACGGCUCAGUUUGCCAUUGGAAAAUGUGUUUUGGGAUUCCAACUAUGUGCUCUGGGUAUCUUGGACACUCCCAACCUGGAAUUCGAUACAGAUUGUGUGAGGAUGUUGGAAUCUUUAUACGAAGACCACGGUGACACUCUCGCUCUCCAAUAUGGAGGCUCCCAACUUGUCCAUCGUAUAAAAACCUACAGAAAAACAGCACCAUGGACCUCGCAGGGUAACGAUAUCAUGCAAACACUGAGCAGAUAUUACAGUAAUACAUUCUCUGAUGCAGAAAAACAAAAUGCUAUAAAUUUGUUCCUCGGUCUGUUCAUACCAGAAGAGGAGAAACCCCAAAUCUGGGACUACACUAAUGACUACUAUUUCCACCACAAACCGAUCAUUUUCAGUCUCAAAUCGAUGACCCAGUGGUGGGACAAUGGUGUCUUGAAAUGUUUGCCGUACGCUUUCAAUGAUUUGACCAAGGCCUGUUCUGAAUUGAUACAGGUCCAUUCUCGCGACGUGGAAAUGAUAGACUCCUACCUCGACUACUACAGGCCGUACGAGCUUGGCGUGCUCGACGACCUCUUCUCGCUCAAAAUCUCGAACUCCAUUCGAGACUUUAUGCCCAGCUUCACCACCAGCUACAGCCCUUUUGCGCUGCGGGUGCGCCCCGUGCGCCGGCGCGAAGAAGGCUCGACGAAGGGGGCCGCCAUGAAGAACCCCUCGGUGACGGGGCAGAGUUCCAGCUGUUCGACAGCUUCCAGUACAAGUUCCAGUUCAGAAAAUGAAUCUUCUGACGAUGAAGAUGGUUCCUAUGCUAAAGUUGCUGAAGGAACAUCUUCCAAAGGAAGUAUUCCAGAACCUUUUACUUUCAAACGUAUGUUUCCUACAAUGAAACAAGUCUACGGUACGGAAUUACAGAGACCCAGUCCUGAAGACAUCCUAACAUAUAAAAAGUAUGUUCUGAUUGGUAAAAAAGCUAGUGGUUCUGCAAAAUCCAUUUUCACCUCUCCUUGUGGGGAAAUGAAGACUGUGGGUGAUAUUCCUAGAGACACUUGCUUCAAGGUAACUCCUCCUAUAGUUUCGCAGGGGUCUAUACAAGUUUAUAAAAAAUAUAUUAGUGUUGGAGAAAAGGGUGGGGUUCGGCCAAGGGCAAGUGAUAUGGAAAUUUAUAGAAAAUAUGCUAGUUUCAAGUGAAGCCAAAUACUAUUAUAAGUAUUAUUAUAUUCUGUGAUAUAUUUUUCAAAUGCUAAUUUUGUUUAGUUCAGAAAAUGUUCUAUUGAAUAGAUAUGCACAUUAUACAGUAUUAAAAAUUUUUUAAUAUAUUCGCAUGUAUUUGUUGUAC